CACUCGACUGGCUGAAUUUCCCCGUUGUCACGGUUUCGAAACAAGAAGCGGCGAACGCAAACGGGGAAAAAACGCGGGCCGCGAGCGGGAACAUUGUCGAGGGGGAUAUGCUUUUACUGUUGAACGGGGAACUAUGGAAGCGUCAGGAUUGAAAUCGUCAAAGUUGAAAUAAUUUGUAAUGCAUAAAAAGCGACGCAAAAAGUGACUCUAUUGCAGAGGACCCACGGGAGGCAGAUUGUAGUCCUGGUAAGGGUCAAAAGUUGGACUGCUAACUACCAUGACAGAAGGCAGCUCUUUUGCCCUAAACCGCAUGACAGACUCGCUUUCAGGACAGGGAAAAUCUGUCAUGCGCCGACUACAAACUGUAGGUCUAACGUGUAUGCGUUUUAUGCAUGACAAAUUAUUUCAACUUUGUCGAUUUCAACUCUGACACAUCCAUAGGAACGAGUGACGACCAUUGCGCAGCAGUCCUCCACGACUUUCCCAGACCCGAACGAGGCGGUGUUAAGUUUGGUCCGGAAGCUACGUAUUGCAAAAGUAUCGUACUAGUAGAAAUCGCAUUACAAAUUCGGCCAGCAUGACAAAUGGAAUCUGUAAUUCGGGUUUAACUUGACAAAAAAAUUUGUAAUGCAUAAAUGCGAUUGCUACGAGUACGAUACUUUUGCACAGGAUAGAAGCAGGUAGUCGAAAAGCAGAAGAAGGCCCAGUUCAUCUUUUUCCGGAAGAAGUACCAAUCUACUUUGAUCCAAUUGCAAGUGACGGAGGAGGACGCGAAAAAUUUUACCACUUGGGGUAUCACUGUCUCUGAAAAGGCGAAAGUGACGGAAAUUGAGGAAGGGAUAGAGGAGGAGACCUCUUUUGCGAAGUCCAACAGUUUGCAAGUGAACGAUCAACUGAUCAUUAUCGACUCCGAUUUUGUCUUCGCGAAACCGGACAAGAUGCAGGCGUAUCUGGACAAGAAUAACGGAGAGCCUGGCUCGGUCAUGAAGGCGGGCACGCAAAUUUUGGUGAAAAGACUGCCGCCAGGGUUUCCGGAAGCGUUGAGAAUACGGGAGGCAAAUGUGGAGCGGGCGUUGUCGAGUAAGUGGCAGAAGUGGGUCAACGAGAAAGCCGCGUCGAGUGGCGGACAAGUUCAGCUGCCGGGUGCUGCUGCUGCUACGACGGUUGCAGCUGAUGCUCAGGAAAAAGAGCCGGCACCGGCACAGUCGAUGACAAAGUCAAUGUUGGUGGGAGGAGUCUCCAUGAAGGGAGGGGAGGAGUCGAUGACAAAGUCAACGAAGGAGAAGUCUCCAUUUGCGUCCAUGGCCGAGCCAGCGCCGUCGAUGACGAAGUCGAUGUUGAUGGAAAAGGAAAAAUCUCCGUUCGCCUCAAUGGCCAAAGCGAAGGAAAUUAUGAAAAAGGAAGAAGAAAAGCCAAAGCCAGGUGUGCCUGCUGCAGGAGCGGAAAAUACAGCUGAGAGGACAGCAGUAGCUCCAGCUGCUGCUGCCUCGUCACCUGGAGCUCCUGCCGCUUCAUCCUCCGGUCAUCUCUCUCGUCGUGUGAAAGACACGUCUUCCCCACCUACGACCCAAUUCCUGUACGGGAUUCUCGCUGCGAGUCUGUCCGGGAGCCAGUACGCAGACUUCGGGAUUUCCGGCUGGCAGCAGUCGUCGAUCGACGAAACUGUUUUGGACGACACAAAUUUGACUGCGGAUGAGAAAAUGAUGAAGCUGUUCGGCGUCCACCUGGACUGGAUCGAUUUCCCCAUCGUGACCGUUUCGAAAAUGCAGGAGAAAAACGAGAAUGGCGAGCCAACUCGAGCGGCGAGCGGGAAAAUUGCGGAGGGGGAUUUGUUGUUACUGAUCAACGGAGAACGGGUCACGACCGUCGCGCAACUGGAGAAGCCGGCGGACGGGAGCCCCCCGCCGGCACAUCCGAACGACGCGGUGUUGGCCAUGAUAAAGAAACAGAUCGUGACCAAGCAAAAGAAGGCACAACUCUUGUUUUUCCGAAAAAAAUACCAAGACACGUGGUUUCAGUUCCAGGUGACCGACGAGGACAAAAAGAACCACGCGCACUGGGGCUUUCUCGCCGCGAACGGGAAGGUGAGUGAGAUUUUGAACGCACCGACGGAGAACAAGAAGCACAAUGACCCGGAGCACCCCUACCAUUCUUGGGCCGCGAAGAACAAACUCGAGGUGAAUGACAAGAUCCUCUUCGUCGACGCCGACUUCAUAUUGAAAAAGCCGGAGAAAUUGGACCAACUGCUGCUGGAUCACCACCAGAACCCGGAGUACGACUUGCCCAUGAAGCACAAAGCCGGGACGCAGGUCUUGGCCUUUCGGAAGCCACCCGGGUUCCCGGCUGCGCUCCGGGUCAGGGAAAGCGACGUGGAGCGGAAAUUCGGGCGGAGGUGGGAAAAAGCGGUCGGGCGGGUGGAAAGCGACACAGUACAACAUCAGCACAAGGAAGCCGUCAGCCCGGCGAGCGCUUCCGCUGUAGUGAAACCGGAGCCAGAAUCCAUGAAGUCGUCUACAGCAAAGACUUCUGCGGGUGAAAGUGCUGCGGCAGAGCCAGAAGUAAAAGCGGCCGCCAAGACGAGCGAGGCUGUAGAGAGAAAAGACGGAGACCAAGGAAAAGCUCCUUCCACAACGGCCACAAUGAAGGCGGAGCUUGAAGAGGAGCCAGACGACGCUUUUUCCCUCCUCGCGAAAGACAAAGAAAAACUUUCAACCACCUAUACUGGGUUGAAGUUGAAGGAAAAGCAAACCCCAACCCCGAUCUUUCACUACGGUCUACUUGCGGCGAGUCUGUCGAGCAAACAGUACGGGGAGUACGGUUUCACGGGUUGGGACCAGAAGACGAUUGACGAAAAAGUUUUGAGCGACGACAGCCUGUCCACAGAGGAUAAAAUGUUCAGGCUGUUCGGCCUGACCCUGGACUGGUCCGGUUUUCCCAUUGUCCGCGUGAAGAAGCUGGAUUCCGCGAACAAAACCGCGAGGGCGGUGAACGCGGGGGUGGAUCUCGGUGCGAUGUUGCUGCUCGUGAACGGGGAGAGAAUCACUACAAUCGCACAGCAGGUGAAGGAGUACCCGAAGUCGCCGGACCAAGCCAUUCUCGGACUCUGCCAAAAACGGUUUGAAGCCGGGAAGCGGAUGGCGUUUUUGUUCUUGCGGAAAAGGUAUCAGGGGACGUUGGUACAGCUCCCGGCUGUAGUGGACGAGAAGGCGGAAGUGAUGAAGAUCAAGUUCGGAUGCAGUAUCGACGAAAAAACGAUGGAGAUCAAAGACCUCGAGGGCAAGCCGAAAACAUUCGCGAGCGUGUACAAAUUGGAGAAAACGGACACGAUUUUGUUUAUCGACCAGGAUUUUCUCCUCGCGUCGCCGGCGAAAUUGGAGAAGUACUUGACUGGUGGGUUGAAAAAGGGAUCGCAGGUUUUGGUAUGUAGAAAGAAAAAGCCGCCGAAGGUGGAGGGCGGGAACUACCUUGGAUUUUCGCCUCACUUGAAGAAGUAUUUCGAAGCGAAUGUGAAGAGACCCAUUGGGUCCGAGCUGUGGGAAAAGUUCGCACUGGAGUCCGGCGUCAUUUCUGAAAGUCGUCCCGAAGGAGAUGCAGCAGCAUCGAGAGCAGUGGCCGCCAAAACAGAUCUUCCGGAGAAGAAAAAAGAACCUAUGGAUGAAAGAUCAAUAAAAAAGGAGGAGGACACGCCGCCCAGAGCUUCUGCUGCGAAAAAAACUUCCGAGGACGCGAGUCAGAAGAAGCAAGACGGCGCUGCUAGUACGACGGAAAAUCAACAAGCCGCCACUUGUGCCGCAAUAGUCACCGCGAGACGACAGGGUCGACAAACUGGCGUCGCUCUCAGCAAAACUCCGGACACGAGUGAGCAAGACCGCCACCUCUUUCUGCAACAGCAAAUGGCGUUACGAAAGGCGGCGAAAGCCAAACGCUUAUCCUCCCGUCUGAUCGAUUCGGAAUCCGCGGAAGCUUUUGAGCGGAGGCGGAAGCGACAGCGGAGGUUGCAGCGGAUGUUUUUGGAACAACACGAAGUUCAGAAUAGCGAAUCUCUCGGGACCAAAUUCCUCGCUGGGUUGAGUUCUCUCUUCGGAGUAGGAGAGACUGAGCACCAGCAACAGCCUACAUUCAAGACAUUAGAGCAAGCGAAGGCACUUGCCAAAUCCAAAGACAAAGCAGAACGGCACAAACACCACACCCAUCUGCAGUUCGGGCAGAACCAAGAAUCCAGGGACCCCCUGGUGUUGGACGACAAGGGCUUCAUCCUGGAACCUCCCGCCGGAAACCCGGAGCCGGUGCGCGUGUUGCCGCAUUUGCUUUCCGAGGAGAUGGCGUAUUUGAAAAUCGUGCUCGAGUGGAUUGAAUUGAUCAAACAAACCACGAUAAAACCCAGUAGCACUUUCAGCUUCAACGUCGGAGGAUCUUCAUCCGCGACGGCUUCAUCCCUCAGCGACUACACGAUCCCAAGACCCACCGCAGCGACCAUGCUGGCGAAUUUUGGCAGCUCCCUUCUGAACACCAUCACGGGGCGCGAGGAUUUGUCGCAGCACGAGGGUGUCAGUGCGAAAUUCCUCGAGUUGGAGAAGAUGAGCGACGUCGCGCUUGAAAAAAGAUUGCAGCGAAAUGUGGAGGAGAAUGCAGAUUUGGUUGGGGACACAGGAAGAGGUCAAAAUGCAGAAGAUAAUCGGUUCGAUGGUGUCACAACUUCUUCAUCCACGUUCUCCACAAACUUUGCACUUUUGCAGAAGAAGUUUUUCCCUGAGUACGUGGAGUACACUAAGCGCAUCGCGAUGCAGAAGUACUUGCGGCUGGCGAAGAUCCGCACCCAGUAUUUGUCCACCCUCUCCUACACCUGUCGCAACACGAUUUCCCACGAAUUUGCGCUCGAUGUUGAAGUUCAUUUUCCGGAAACUGCGGAACUGGUGGAGAUACAAACGCGGAAAAGGGUUUUGUCCGCAUUGAAACUGAUGGAAAUCGAGUCCCACAACAGCCACUUGGCAACAGAAUCUGCGCACCAGGCUGCAGUUGCACACGAAGAAGUUGCAGUCGACAAUGAAGAUGAAAAUGGCGGAGAAGCAGGUGGAAAAGCCAAGCCCACCAUCACGGCGUUUGCGAUCGGCCUGCAAUUGACCCGGAUCAACGAAAAGGGAGAGCUAAUCGACCCGGUGCAGCGCCGGCGUAGAUUCGUGAAGAAGCGGUGGAAGAAAGCGUUUAAGAAGGUGGUCCUUCUACUGAAAGUCACCACCCAGUUCCGUUCCCUGAUCCCAGUGUAUGGUAAGCGCUCAACUGCUUUCCGGGUGAAGCAGCUGAGUCAGUUUCUGAUGAAGAGCAGAGGUUUCAUCGAGGAUUUCUCCAUGGGAGCAGGGACAUCAACAACAAUGCAGAACAACUAUCAAAGGCAUCAACUUCGCGACGAGCGGCAGAUGGCGAAAGCGAGGCUGUUCGCCAUUCGGGAUUUUUUAGAACCAUCCGUUGCCGUCGACGCGGAAAGACCACAAGAGGCAGCGCUGUUGUUUCCUGGCGACAGCAACAAACCGCAAACCGUCCGAGAAACAGCAGCAGAAACGAGGCGGAAAAUCGCGUUUAAGCAGGGCCGGGGGCUGAUUGAGCUGCGGCAGCUGGUACCACUGGUACCCUGGGACGAUUCUAUGGUCGCAGGGAAAACCAAACAAGAACCGAAGAAAUUGUCCGGCCGACCGGUGAAGAAGCGAGAUAGCAAUGCUGCAAAGGAACAGCUUUCCGCUUUCACUUACGCGACUUUGUGGGAAGAAAGCACAUCGGUAACUACAAGCGCAGGAUCUACUUCUCGAGCUGGCGCGACGUCUCAGCAGCAGUUUAAAAACCACAUAGCCUUGCUUCAACCUGGGCAGUUAGCGUACAAAGAGUUGGCCUACAUCUUGCACGACCCGAGUUUGAAUUCCUUAAUUCUCCCGGUGAAAGCGCAAGUUGCGAAAACGGAGCUGCAAACUGCUUUGUUGGGUCCUGCUGGUGCUGCUCAAAAUGGAGAAGACAGUCCCGAUCUUAUCGACAAUCUGUCAAAUAACAACUACACCAAUCACCCCUACCGGAGACGCUUUCAGCAGAACAUGCAGAAAAACCAGAAUUUGCAGGCCCUCCAGCAGGCGGCGAAGUAUCCAAGAAAAAAACUGUGUAACUGUAACUUCGCAGCAAGAACAGCAUCACAAAUUCGUUUUGCAUUACAGGCAAAACCUGUCAUGUGCAGCUAGUACAUGGAAACACGUAUGAAAGUUGCCUAUCACGUACAUCCAGCAUAACAAGCGUAUACGGUUUUGCAUUUCCUGCAUCACAGACUUACACUUACACAGUUUUUUUCUUGCAUACGAAGCUGGAGGUUUUGAAUAUCAAGGAGGAGAACAAAUUUCUAGAAAAGGUCCUCCACAUAUGGGAGUGUCAGGUUUGAAAUCGACAAAGUUGAAAUAAUUUGUCAUGCAUAAAAUGGAUGCCAGUUAGACCUGCAGUCUGUAGUCGGUGCAUGACAAAUUUUCCCGGUCCUGGAAGCCAGUCUGUCAUGCGGUUUAGGGCAAAAGAGCUGCCUUCUGUCAUGCUAGUCAGCAGCCCAACUUUUGACCCUUACCAGGACUAUCAUCUGCCUCCCUUGCGUCCUCUGCAAUAGAGUCACUUUUUGUAUCGCAUUUUAUGCAUUACAAGUUAUUUCAACUUUGUCGAUUUCAACUCUGACACAUCCAUACCACAGAGACCGAACGGAACUGCUGCUCGGCUGCACGAACGCGGAUUUCGGCGGGGGAGCUGCAUCCGGUUUGUCAGCACCUGUUCCGAGGAUGAUUUUACACGGAAAUAAUCCCAACAACGCGGAAAUCUGGGGUAGCAACAACCCCUGGGUUUUGCAGCCGGUUUCCGCGGGAAGAAAGUUGUCUCGGUCGCCGAGCCCAAUCGACUUUCAAACCCGGAACCGGCGCGGCAGCCGGAGUCCGUCGAACCACUUCGGGAGCAGAAGUCGGAGUCCUCCCGGCUUGGUCAGGUCGCCCAGAAUAAAUCACGAUCGGUUGAUCGGUAGUCGGAGUCGGUCGCCGAAUUUGAUGCUGUCCUCUCGGCGUGGUCAAGUCCUGGAGCACGUCCCAGACGAUGUGUUGAUUCCGCAGUUGAGUCGCGGGAAUUCGCCAUCCCCAGUGAUCGGGCGGAGCAGGAGCGUCAGUCGCGGCGGCAGAAGUGCGUCGGCAGGUAAGCGAGUUCGGUUUAACCCGAGUGACGCUGCAGUCGAGCCGGACAAACUGCGGAUUACGGUAAAGCAACCGACGGGGGAGAGAUUCAACGAAAGAGCUUUUUUGAGGCACUUGCGGAAAAGCGCUCGAGGAGAAGCGGGGCCGGAUGGAGAGGUUUUGUUUCACAAUGUAAGAAGGAUCUAGGGAAGGAGGAGGGACGCGGAUUUGAGGGACGCGGAUUUUUUUUCAACAUGGAAAUCAGACUGAAAAUCUAUUCCAAGAAGAACUUUCAUAUUACUACUCAACAACAAGAAAGACGUUUCGAGUUUUUACGUUUCGUCCGGCUGACAAGUCACGUUUCGAAUUAUUUCCACUAUUGUUGCAGAUGCAUAUGCAUUGAGCAAAUGCAAGGUCAACAAGAUGACACCAGAUUCAAUAGGUUUCUGUUGCAAGAACGCAUGGCGAAUCGUCCGCGGAGGUAAAAACAAACAAAAAAAUGAAUUACAGCCAGCCUACAACUUGAAUUUGAAUUUGUUGUCGGUUCCAACGAAGGAACCUGCACCCCCUGGC